GUAAUGUAGUAAAUCAAUAACACGUGUAAAAAAAAAGAUUUUAUGAAGCUAGCGACACGAAGAUGGGGAUUUUGGUGUCAACUUAUCUAUGAUACCAGUAUUUAUUCAAACUAAUACGAUGUUGGUCCUUGCAGUUGAAGAUACACUGUCAGAAUUUUUAUAAUUUGAGUAGUUUAAAGGAUUCAAAGGAAAAAAUCAUGUUCGUGGCAGUGGAGAUGGUUGACACUGUCAGAAUCCCCCCAUGGAAUUUCCAGCGGCAGUUCAAUGAAGCCAUAGCCGAAGAACUCAACAAGAAAUUGGCCAAUAAGGUGGUUUACCAGGUUGGCCUCUGUAUCUGUUUGUAUGACAUCACAAAACUGGAGGAUUCCUACAUAUUCCCAGGUGAUGGAGCUUCCCACACCAAAGUCCACUUCAGGUAUGUUGUGUUCCACCCUUUCUUGGAUGAGAUUCUUGUUGGAAAGAUCAAACACUGCAGUCAAGAAGGAGUACAUGUCAGCCUAGGAUUCUUUGAUGACAUCGUCAUUCCCCCAGAGUCCCUACAGCAGCCUGCAAAAUUCGACGAAGCGGAGCAGGUGUGGGUGUGGGAGUAUGAGACGGACGAAGGGGCCCAUGACCUCUACAUGGACCAAGGUGAGGACAUCCGCUUCCGGAUCACAGAUGAAGUCUUCUUGGACACGUCGCCCACAGGCCCUUCUGCCGCAGCAACCAACACCCCUGCAGCUCCAGGAGCAGAGGAGGGUGGCCAGAAGAAAGAGGCCCCUUACACACUGCUAGGUACCAUUAGCGAGCCAGGCUUGGGCCUGCUGUCCUGGUGGAACAGCUAGCGAAAGGAGAGACCAUUACAGUAGAGAAAACAGGGGAGACUGCUGUCAAGUAUUCAUCCCAGCUGCUGGACAUACACCUUCUUUUUGGACUCUUCUCAGUCACUCCUCCCAGGUUGUGACUUUAACACUGGAGAAACAUGCCUCUGUUAAGUGUCCUCAAGGCUAAUAGACAAAGAACUGUGGGCUCAAGUAGAGGAGCCAGGAUUCCCAUAAUAGGAACUGCCCUAUCUGCCUUCAUAAUGGCAGACCCAAGGACAAGGGACCAGUAGCAAGGAUUUCUAAUAGAGCACACAGGCCGGGGACGUGGAGAACUGUCUCACUUGCAAAGCUGUAGAUCCACUUCCCCCUGUAUAUUGUAAAUACUACCACCAUAACUGUUAGCAGUUACACCCGGUGCACAUGACUGUAAGAAAGACUGAUUAAAGGUCCCCAAUUGGCCUAUUUAGUGUCACCAUGUAAGUCUGAGUGUUCAGUUGAACAAAUAAUGGAGUGAGUGUGCCUAAAUAUACAGUUGUGUGUUGUCUUUGUGACCAGUAUAAUGUUUCCUCAGUGAUCAUUUUUGUUUGCAUGAUUUUGAGUUGGGUUAUUUAAGCAAUAAGGCCCAAGGACGUGAUGGUAUAUGGCUAGUAUACCACGACUAAGGGUUGUUCUUAGGCACAACGCAUCGCAGAGUGCCUGGACACAGCCCUUAGCCGUGGUAUAUUGGCCAUAUAUCACAAACCCCUGAGGUUUCUUAUUGCUGUUAUAAACUGGUUACCAACAGUAAUUAGAGCAAUACAAAUACAUGUUUUGUCAUACCUGUGGUAUGUUCUGAUAGACCACUGCUUUCAGCCAAUCAGCAUUCGGGGCUUGAACCACCCAGUUUAUAAUUGUGUAUAGGACAUGUAUUCCAAAAAUAUCAUUACAAAAGUACAGUCCUUAGGAAAUGCUGUCAUGAACCCACAAGCACUACACCUCACUGUAAUUUGUUUAUUUUAGUGGGUGUGGAGUUGGUCCUCUGAAGCGCCUAACAACAUUUUUGAUAAACCAUAGAAGCCAGUGUCUUCCAAGCCAAAUGAAUGUAUCAUAUUCUGAUCUUGAUUUUGGUUAUUUUUUACUUAAACCAUUACAUGAAGGAAUACACCAGUAUGGUUUACAAUACGAAUACCUAAAUGUUUAAUGUAAUAACUGAUUUGACACGUAUGAGCAUAGCAGUCUUGUUAUGCCUACAAAUGUUUCGGCAAACAAGCAUCACGCCCAUUCUCUCAACUACGGUGUGAUCUCAGCCAGCGGCAGCUGCGCAGCCUCAACAACACACUGCAGAUCAGGGUAUUCCGCGACUACGCGUAUUUACUGGAGUUAUUUAUUUAAUUGAUGUUAUAUAAUAGUAACUGACAAGGCACACACCCGUCCUCUACCGACAAAACGGACUCUAGCAAUGCAGUAAGUAGGCCCAUGUUUUUUUUAAAUAUAUAAUUGUACAAAUAUUCAAGAAUGGGUAUGCCUGCUAUUGUUUGGAUUGUAGAAAAUCUGUGUCGCCUAUUCAUUAAACGUGUGACCGCCUUUUUGACCAAAGUAUAGGCUAAAGGAAAUGUAUGAUAAUGACAACUGUUGGGUAUAGAAUACCUUUGACGAGGCUGCUCAUCCUCUCAUCCCUAUACCGUCUCUGUUUGCGCGCUCGGACUUUUCGAAUGUUCUGGAAAUGAGGAAAAAGUCGGAUGAUAUGCGUGUUUAUUACAGAAUAAUUUGGCAA